AUGUGCGCUCUUCAACCUAUCAGUGGCAAGCUCUCUUCAUUACUGUCGCUGCGAUGGACAUAUCUCGCGUUCUACGGUAUAUUCCUUCUAGGAUCUCUGAUUUGCGGUGUGGCCAACAGUUCCAAAAUGUUCAUAAUCGGAAGAGCAGUCGCCGGUGCUGGAGGCUCCGGGAUAGUGUCGGGUGGUCUCUCAGUUAUUGCAUUGAUAACGUCCCCUCAGCAGCGCCCACUGUUCACUGGGCUAGUAACCUCUCUUUAUGCCCUGGGGACUGUUGUCGCCCCAAUUAUCGGAGGCGCUUUGGCUGAACACACUUGGAGGUGGUGCUUUCUGAUCAACCUUCCAGCGGGAGCAGUGACUGUGGUGACGUUACUUUUAUUUUUCCAUCCGCCUCGAAACCCUGGAGCCCAUCGGGUAUCCUUACUUAGACAGCUCGAUUUGAUCGGAUGCGCUCUCUUCGUACCCUCCAUCAUUAUGGUGAUGUUGGCCUUGCAGUGGGGAGGUGGCGAAUAUCCUUGGAACUCGGCGACUGUGAUCGGACUCUUCGUCGGCUUUGCGGUGACGAUGGCAAUCUUUAUCUUGUGGGAAUGUUACAUAGGGGACCAAGCUAUGGUCCCAAUCGUGCUCCUGCGGAGCAGAUCGACGAUGCUUAGCAUUGCAUAUGCCUUUUUGUUUUUGGGAUCAUUCGUCAUUCCGGUCUAUUAUCUACCGGAAUGGUUCCAGAUCGUCAAGUCGGCAAGCCCCAUUCGCAGUGGAGUCAUGCUCCUGCCUUCGGUCUGCACUCAGGUUUUUGGAUCCCUUGUCUCUGGAAUCCUGGCCAAACACCUCGGAUACUAUAAUCCGUGGCUCUUUCUUGGAUCUGCCUUUCUCUGCAUUGCGAACGGGCUUUACACAACUUUUACUGUGUCCUCAACGUCUGCAUCGUGGAUUGGUUAUCAGAUUCUCCAGGGCCUGGGUUGUGGAUUUGCCGCCCAGAUUCCUUUACUUACAGUUCAGCAUGUAUUGAAGGACAGACCUCGCUACGUUCCAGUCGGGAUAGCGACUGUCCUUUUCACGCAAUACUUUGGAAGUGCUGUGAUGCAAAGCAUAGGAGGCGCUAUCUUUCAGAACGCACUGCGAAGGCAGCUACAUCAGGCAUCAUUGGAUGAUCAGCAGAUCGAGGUGCUUCUGAAUGCCGGGACCUCACGGGUGCGGGAAGUUGCGGUAAAGGCAUUUCCGGACCGUUUAGCCGAUAUCAUCGGGGCAUACAAUAACGCCAUCACACCAGUCUUUUAUCUUCCCACAGCUGGUAGCGCUCUGGCAGUUAUACUAUCGGGCGGAAUUCCAUGGGUCAAUACGAGGGAAGAUGAUGAUAUGCAUUGUACAGAGUCGAGUGACAAGCUUGGGUCAGACAAGCAAGCCAGUGUGUGA